UUGGCACUGUAUAAAUAAAACUGAAUGGAAUUCAGUUGAUGAAAUGAAGCACCAGUUCUCUGAUAUGUCCCUGUUCUGAUCUGGUCCAGAUUAAAGGGUCUUGGUCCACCAAGCGAGGGAAGGAUAACUACAACCCCUACAGCUACGGGAACAUCCUGACCAACUGCUGUGCUGCCCUCUGUGGACCUCUGCCCCCCAGUUUGAUUGACAGGAGAGGUCUGAUCCGAUCUGACAUGCCGCAGACCAUCUCCCAGUCCAAUGGCACCAGCAACAGCAACUACACCUCUACUCAGCUCCACAGUCACACGUGUGAUCAGGAUCAGUGCAUCCAGAGCACCAAGUUUGUCCUGCAGGCUGCCACCACACCUCUGCUGCACAGUGACCCCAUUGUUCUGGCCCCACUGCCCGGUAAAACCACCACACUGGGGGGCCCUUGUGCCCACCUGGCCCCCACCCAGCCAUCCCUGCCAUCCUGCAGUGGAGAUGUUCUGACGCUGAGAGACACUGCUGUCGACUCUCACUGCCACCACCACCUGUACCUCCAUCAUCAUCAUCACCACCACUUUGUGAGCCCGGAGGAGACGCCGUGCAUCACACCGCAGGGUGCCCUUCCCUGCCCCAACCACCUGCACCUCCAUCAUCAACCCCACCCUCCCGUCCCCUCCCCUGCUGCCCUGUACAACCCCGCCAGUCAGGACACUCUACACGAGGACUCGGUCAGAGGGCUGGUGAAGCUCAGUUCUGUCUGAACUGAACCAUGUGACCUCUAUCAGCUUGAUUGAACUUUUAAUGCCCCCCCCCCAAAAAAAAAACAAAAAAAAAAACAAAAAAACAAAACAAAAACAUAC